AUGGCUACUUCCGAGGCUGUCUUAGCUCUGCUGAGAGCAUAUCGACCCAGGUUCACUUCCAAGCAAGAUAGCGUUGCGUUUGCGAUCCAUGCGACGUUCCUGGCGUCUGGAUUCAGGUGUCUCGCAGUCGGACCUGAAGCCGCUGAGGUUGCUGCAGGGUCGAAGGAUGUAGCUUCAAACGCGGAUGCUGGAAUUGAGGGCUGGAACACAGUUUCAGGUGUUUAUAAUUUCGCGUAUGCUCGCGAGAGCACAUUAGCUUCAGCAGAAGCAAGUGCAGAGAAGACUGGUACAGAAGAGAGAUUGGUGGUUCAGUGCUUAUCUGUUGCAGACGGCGAGCUUCUUAUGGUGGAUGCAACAGCGAUGGGUGGAGCAGGUUCAGGAGGGGCUUCAGCUUCUGUAUCUCAUCUUGAAAUCAGGGUCUCUGAAAACACGUCAGCAGACACCCUUCCGUCGUCAACGGACUACAGUAAAAUCUUUACUAAUCUUCCAGCACUGGUGUCAUCCAUAUCAUCAGCCAUCAUCGUGCCCUUUACUUCCAGCACCACCUCAGCGACUCCUGCUGGGAAUGCUGCUGCUGGUGCUGCUUCUGGUGCUGGUGCUGCGGCAUCACAACCCACUUCCACAGGCACAGCAGCACAGGAAUCGGGGAGGAGUUCUGGGAGAGAGGGAGAGCGAGCAGGAGGGGUAUAUUUUGACGAGCCUCAGCCUGGCUCGGUUGGUGGUUUGGGGGGAGGGGAAGGGAUUGUUUACCCUCCCAUUCCUGCAGGGCCACCGUACGAUGACUUGCAUCCAGGAGGAGGAGCGGGGAUCAUGCCUUCAAGACCUGGUUUCGGUGGAGGAAGCAUGCUUGUAGGGCCUCAUGAUCCGAGAUGGGGCCCAACGUUUCCAGGAGGAGUUGGAGGCGUGGGACCCUUGCCGCCGGGGAUGCCACCAGGAGCUCGCUUUGAUCCGUUUGGUCCUCCGGGCAUCCCGGGCUUCGAGCCCGGUAGAUUCGGGGAUGGCGGUCCAAGGCCUCGAGGUCCUCCAGGUGGAGGUGUUCAUCCCGACAUGCAACAUUUUCCGGGCUCAAAUGAUUUCCUCUAG